CUGACCUUCAAGUCGGCUAGUCAUGGCGUCUUCCUUGUUAGUCGGCGAGCGACUUGUACGCGCUUUGAGCCCCGGUGGAGAGCUGGAGCCAGAGCAGCUGCCCGGGAAGCUGCGGGAAGAACUUGAGGCCGUGCUAGGGAAGAAGCACAAGGGCGGCGAUCGUCCGGCUGGCCCCGCUCGCCUGGUUUCUUUCCGCCUGAUCCGGGACCUGCAUCAGUACCUGAGAGAAAGGGGUUCCACACUAUACCUUCAUGAGCUCCUAGAAGGCAGUGAAAUCUAUCUCCCAGAGGUUGUGAAGCCUCCUCGGAACCCAGAGCUAGUUGCCCGUCUGGAGAAGAUUAAGAUACAUCUGGCCAAUGAGGAAUAUAAGCGGAUCACCCGCAAUGUCACCUGUCAGGAUUCAAGGCAUGGUGGAACCCUCAGUGACCUGGGAAAGCAAGUGAGGUCAGUGAAGGCUCUGGUCAUCACCAUCUUUAACUUCAUUGUCACGGUGGCAGCUGCCUUCGUCUGCACUUACCUUGGAAGCCAGUAUAUCUUCACAGAAAUGACCUCGCAGGUACUGGCAGCAUUGAUCGUGGCCUCUGUGGUGGGUCUGGCUGAGCUGUACAUCAUGGUGCGGGUGAUGGAAGGUGAGCUGGGAGAGCUGUAACCGUGCUUCAUCAUCAAAGUCUGGAGACUCCAGGCUCCCAGCUCCCAAUCACUGAUUCUCAGUCAACCCAUCAGGCUCUUUGUACUCAGCUCCGAUUAGUCAGAGGGCCGAGCCAAGACCACCUGCUGUUCCUGCAGGGAGCCCCAUCCUCUGUCAAUUUACAGAGUGGGCAGUAGAGGAAACUCAGACAACGACUGGAAAGAACUGGUCUAUCUGUACAUUCUCCUGAACCCGGUGCCCAUCUGCCUUCUACAGUCCAUUCUGGGCAUUGCUGGGGCUGGGUUUUUUUCUUCCAUUGGAAGUAAAGAGAAUCCAGGCCUUUCCAGAAGUAGACCAUACUGCCUUGAACUUGCCCAGGUGCAGAAACCAGUGGUCAUCCUUGCUCCACACAUCUUGAUGCAGACCUGUAAUUUAGAUCAGAAGACUCCAAGAAAGCGGAAGGGAUUCCCUUUCUUCAGUUUGUGCUGGAAGAGGAACCAGUUAGAGGACAUCAAAUAAGAGAAAGCCGGGUGGUACAGGACGGUGGAAUCAGAAGCAAGGCAGCUACGUUUUUGGAAUCUUAGUUUCUGUUUUCAUCUUCUUCCUUCUGCUUGCCUUGCUCAGAUUUUCUAUAUGCUUCUGCCCGUCUCCACCAGUCACCAGCCCUCCUUAAACCUCCCACCUUCCUAUCACCCUUUGCUCUGCUUCCAAAAAUGAAAACAGUUCAGAUGGCAAAACAGUAUGUUUGCUUUUAAUUGCAAAACCCCUUGUGCUUGUUUGUAUUUGUGGGGAGAGUAUGCCUACUGUGAAUUGUCUCAACUAGUAAAGGGAGAUAUUAUUGGUAGACGGGACUAUUUUCAGAUUUAACUACAUGUAUAAUUAUAUAAAUAUGAGUAUACACUUUAUAAUAUAUAUGAUAUGUGUACAUAUUGUUAUACAUUAGCCUAAUGUAGGUUAUUUUAUGUGGAUUCUUAAACAUGUUUGGAUAGGUGCAAAACAAUAGUAUGUAAAAGUUCACAGUUGACUAAUUGUUUUACAUGAUUGCUUUUUGUCUUCACAACAAUCCUGGAGGUUGGAAAAGGAAGUGGUUUUAGGCCCCUUUUCCAGAAGGCAAAACUGAGGCUGAGAGAGGUCAAAUGAUCUACUUCGGUCCUUCCUCUGUUAAAUGGAGCCAAAGACUCCUAGGUUGUCCUGAAGUCUCUAUGUAAUGUUAAACUUCUAAGAACUUAGAUUAGUGGUGUAUUGAUAGAAUCUGUAUAAGACGUUUAGAAAUUAUAGCAGCAUUAUUAUUUAUCCAAUAAAUAUUUAUUGUAUCCAG